CUCGCAGACCCAGCAAUUGGUUAGACCCAGAAAACGCCGAGUGCAGUGCAGGCUUGCGGCAAGUGAAGGGAGGUGUGUACGCAAAAGGACGAGACACCCGCAUUGAAGUUAAAAAAAAAAAAAAAAUCUUUUGGAGGUUUUAAACGCAGAACUUUUUGUCUGCGCCGCGCUUUUGUCGCAAAACAGGAUAUUUCAAGUACGAGGAAAAUUUCAGUGCGGUCCGGUACCUCCCUUGCUUUCAAGGUUUUGCAAAUGGCUAGUCCCGGUUUUGAUAUUGGGCGAAAUCAACCACAGCAUCAGCAUCAGCAGUCUGAAUCGGCUCCCGAACCAGCGUUUCAGGAGGCGCAGAAAUGGAUCGAGGCGGUCACGGGCCGACGCUUUGGUGACAAGGACUUCCGCGGCGGUCUGGAGAACGGGAUUCUGCUGUGCGAGCUGCUGAGCUCCAUUAAACCAGGACUGGUGAAGAAGAUCAACAGGCUUCCUACCCCCAUCGCUGGGCUGGACAACCUGACCCUGUUCCUGCGAGGCUGUGAGGAGCUGGGACUGAAGGGAUCGCAACUGUUCGACCCGGGAGACCUCCAGGACACCUCCGUACGCGCCAACCUCAAGGGCUCAGACUGCAGCAGAAAGUUGAAGAAUGUUCUGAUCACUAUAUACUGGCUGGGGAAGGCAGCCAACAGCUGCACGUCGUACAACGGGCCCACGCUGGACCUGAAGGAGUUCGAAGGCUUGCUGUCACAGAUGCGGAAGGAGUCGGAGGACACUGAGAGCCCAAAGCGGAAUAUCCGGGACAGCGGUUACAUAGACUGCUGGGACACAGAGCGCAGCGAAUCGCUCUCACCCCCGCGCCACGGACGGGACGACUCCUUCGACAGCCUGGACUCUUUCGGCUCCCGCUCGCAGCAGACCCCCUCCCCCGACGUGGUCAUCCGUGCCAGCAGCGAUGGCCGCGGCAGCGACUCCGAGACUGACGCUCCCCACAGGAAGCUGCCGGACGUGCGGAAGGACGACAUGCUGGCCCGCCGCACCUCCUACAGCGAGCCGCGCAGCGCCAUGCCCUUCAACCAGUACCUGCCCAAUAAGAGCAACCAGAGCGCCUAUGUGCCCACCCCCCUGCGCAAGAAGAGGGCGGAGCGCGAGGAGGGCCGGUCCAGCUGGAGCACCGCCACCUCCCCCAUCGGAGGAGACAGACCUUUCAGUCACCCUGAGACCAUCCAGGAGGAGGGGUCAGUGCAGGAGGAGGAGGAGGAGGAGGAGGGCAGGGUGCCCUGUAAGAGACCCGCGGGGCCACAGAGGGAGGCGGGGCCCGGCCCCAGGGUCUCGGGUCCCGGUCGGCAGAAAACGGUGACCUGGGGAGGGGAGAGCAGGGAGGCGGCGCCGCCCGCCUGGGAGGGCAAGGAGGAGCAGGAAGCGCGGCGGCUACGCAAGCUGGAGAAGGCGGGGAUCCGCGUGCUGCCCGCCGCCGUGCGCUACAGCAGCCUCAGGCCCGCGACGGGCGAGGAGCAGGAGAAGCAGGAGGCCCCGCCCCCCGUCCCGGACAUCAUCCUGCGCCGGGACAAUGACUUCCUGAAGCCGCAGCCCGAACAGGCCUGGGACUCGGGCGAGGAGGACGAGGAGGAGGAGGGGGAGGGCGGCGGCGGCGGCGAGCGGCGGGUGCCGGACGUGCAGCGGGACGACCUGGCCUCCCGCCGGGCCCGCAUGAGCCGCCUCGCCCCCCGGGUGCAGCAGCAAUUCCUGCCAGCCACCUGCAGCAGCAAGGACAGGGAGAGGUGGGAGGGGAUCCGCCGGGCCUCCCAGCAGGCCGCGCUGGAGAGGCUGCAGCAGCAGGGGGCGCUCAGUGAGAGUGAGCCCACGACUCCAGAGACGCCCAGCAUCAUCACACGCAAAGACAACCCCUUCCUGUGGCCCCGGCAGCAGAAACAGGAGGAUGAGGAGGAGGAAGGCGGGCAGGGGGGCGGCCCGCAGGCCGUACCCAAUGUGCAGAAGGACGAUCUGGCCCGCAGGAGAGCCCAGAGCGGGCCCCUCACUAACAAAGACCCCUUGCAGGCCUUCGUCCAGGCCUCCAUCACCCAGUCAGACAUGGAGAAGUGGCAGCGUCUCAAGAUAAACACUGAACCCAGUGAGAGCGAGGCCCCUCCCCCGGAGGUGCCGGACAUCGUCGUGCGUAAGGAGAACCCCUCCCUGCGGCCCCAGGAGGACAGAGGGGAGGAAGAGGAGGAGGAAGGCGGGCAGGGGGGCGGCCUGCAGGCCGUACCCAAUGUGCAGAAGGACGAUCUGGCCCGCAGGAGAGCCCAGAGCGGACCCCUCCCUAACAAAGACCCCCGGCAGGCCUUCGUCCAGGCCUCCAUCACCCAGUCCGACAUGGAGAAGUGGCAGCGUCUCAAGAUGACCACUGAACCCAGUGAGGUACCCCAAGCCCCCUUGUGCCAGGCCUGCCUGGAAAAAGGCUCCAUGCCCCCUGCCAUCCAGGCGGAGACGGCGGCACUGGAUGACCUGGCCAACCGCCGGGCCCGUGCCAACCGCCGGGCCGCGGGCAACCGGCAGCGGUUCGUGCACUUCGGCCCGGUGACCGAGAUCGACCAGAAGUGCUGGGAGAGGCUGAGCAUUGCGCGGCCGGGGGAGGAGGAGGAGGAGCAGGGGGCGGGGCCCGGGAACGAGGCGCAAACGCUCCGCCGCCUGCUCUCCGCCGCCGCCGUGGCCACGCCCACUAUCGGGCUGGGCUCCCAGCUCACUGAGCGGGUUGCCAGCCACAGUGUGGCGCUGGGUGACACUGCGCCCGCGUACCCUCUGAGCGAGGACUCCGCGUCGGACGGAGCCACAGCUGCGGAGCUGGCGCAGAGAGAGCACGAGGCCCUGGACGAGAGGCUGGCCCAGUACAGAGAGCGCGAGGAAGAGGAAGAGGAGGAGGAGGAUGAAGGGGACGGGAAGCUGCCUGACCUGGAGAAGGACGACAUGCUGGCGCGCAGGACCGGGGCCUUCCAGAAGUCCAGCGGGGGCCCCUCCUUCAACAAGUUCCUCCCCCUGCCGGGGUCUAAGCUGCAGCCCCAGAAGGAUGGGCUUCCGGACAGCCCGAAAGCUAAGAAGGAGGACCUACCAGAGAGCCCAAAAAUGAAGACGGAGCCCAGCCUGGACGGCCAAAAACCCAAAGGGGAGGUGACCCCCAGCAGUCCCAAAGCAAACCCGGAGCUGAGUUCUGCCAGAGCAGAUCUUCACCAUCAGGAACCUGAAGAAACGGCUGCGACCUCACCCCACUCUGGCGCUGAUGUACCAGCAGUGGUGCGUGCAACAGCCUUGCGCCAGAGCAGCUGCGACGACUAUGACGACGAUGGCGAUUAUAACGAAGAGGAGCGUCUGCCCGAUUUGGAGAAAGAUGACAUGCACGCCCGCAGAACUGGAGCGUUCCAGAAAAAGUUGGGGGGCGCGGCACCGAAUUUUAACCUUUUCCUACCCGUGCCUGGAUCCGUCAAAUACAAAGCCCCGCCCAUCUCUAGCCAGUCCUCCCCUUCCGUCAGACCCGUGGAGCAAGAGAAGCCAUCGGCCAGGCAAAGCAGUAGCUCAAGCCUAUCGUGCUCGGCUGAACUAUACCGGGCGCCUAUGGCAACUGCCACCGCGACAACCUCCAUCACCGUGACGACCCCCGGGACCGCAACGCCCAAGGACAGCCCAGAAACGGCUAGGAAGUCCCCCAGGAUGAUGGACCGGGAGGAGGUGUGCAGGGGCAGGAACACGGCCUCUCCCACGGCCGACGCUGGGAGGGACGACAUGUGGACCCGCCGCGCCCUCUCCCCGAGACGGGCCACCUCCAGCCCCACCCACUUCCUGCCUGUGCCUGCCUCCCAGCAGGCCAGAGCAGGCAAGGCCGAAACUGAGGGGGACAAGCCGCGCCGAAGACCCUCCUGGUUAGAUGACGAUCUCCCCCCAAUAUUCAGCCACAGAGCUGCUAGUGUGUCAGAUGAGCCAGAGAGCGUGAGUAUGAUUGACAUGCGCUGUGAAGAGGAAGCCAUUCUGCAGCCGCACAGCCAGGCGCGCCACGAGCUCAUGCACAACCAGUACAACAAGCUCAAGGAGGAGGAAGACCAGUGGCAGGAUGACCUGGCUCGCUGGAAGAAUCGCAGAAGGAGCGCCUCGCAGGACCUGAUCAAAAAGGAGGAGGAGAGGAAGAUGAUGGAGAAACUGAUGAGCGGAGAUGGGAGCCAGUCACAGCGAAGGAAGAGCAUCAAGACCUACAAGGAGAUCGUGGAGGACAAGGAGCGGCGGGAGCAGGAGCUGCACGAGGCGUACCGAAGCGCGCGCUCCCCGGAGGAGGCGGCGUCCAUCCUGCAGCGCUACGCCCUGCGCUUCACCAUCAGUGAGGCUGUGCUGGAGCGCCUGCAGCUGCCCAAACUGCUGGACCGGAGCGUGUCGGCCGACCCCAGCGCCCCCCCGGCCGGCCCCUCCCCCGCCGCCUCCUCCACCUCCACCUCCACCUCGCAGACCCCAGACUCCAGCCCCAUGAAGUAUCUGAGGCAGCAGUCUGCCCCCGCACCCAAAUUCACUGCCACAGUGGAGACCACCCUGACGGGGGUCGCCCAAACCCAGCCCCACCAAACCCAGCCCCGGUCCCACACCCAAACCCAACCCCCGGUCCCUAUCCAGCCCCCGGCCCGCUCCCCGGAACACUCCCCUACCCGCACUGUCCCCAGCAAGGCCGUGCCUCUGCUGACCCCCAAGCCUUACAUCCAGCCCAAGGCCUCGCAGGCCGGCCUCAAGACACUCAAGUCUGACGGCAUGGUGCGCGUGAAUGGGGAGACCGGCGAGGCCUUCAGCAGGCCGGAGAGCGGCGCCGACAGGGUGGGAGGGGCCUCUCCCGUGAGGUCAUCUCUGCCCGCCCUCCCCCGCUCCCCGCUCCGGGCCCCGGGCAGCCCCAGGAAGGAGCCUCCGGGCGCAAAGACCCCCACCGCGCACCCCCCGCCCGCCCCAGAGCUCGCACCCGCUCGGGACGUCCUGCAGGACACCAGCAAGGCACAGGCGCCCCCUGCUGACCCGGCGCAGGACACUGCGCCCUCACGGCCCACGUCCCUGCCCACGGAGCUGCAGAGAGAGGGCGGGGUUUGUGAGGAGGCGGGGCCCCGCUCCGCAGCCCAGCGGCAGAGAGGGGAGGGAGGAGAGAGCACAGCCGCACCUUCUGCAUGGAAAGAAGACAAGCAGGACGAGGGGCAGGCCGGCUCUGGUGUUGCUGCCAUGGCAACGGAACAGAAGUUUGGAGUCAAAACCACGGUUCUGCUGGAGCUGACCCCAAAGCACGAGCAGCAAACGACUGAGCUGUCCAGCAGUGCGAAUCUCAGUAAAUCCCUGGAUUCAGCCCAAAGAGACAGAGACGGACCAGACUCUGGUCACCCAGCAGAGAGCAGAACUGAACCACCCCGACCCAGCUCCGAGGCACCCUGUGGCUCACCUGUGUUAGAGGACCUGGAGAAGGAGAGUCUAACUAUCACAGCGCCGGUGCUGAAUCUGGCUAAGCGGAUCGAUCACUGGUCUUGGGACCCGGAGGAGGAGCGGAAGCGUCAGGAAAGAUGGCAGCAGGAGCAGGAGCGAGUGCUUCAGGUGAAGUACCAGCAGGAGCAGGAGAAGCUGAAGAAGGAAUGGGAGAGAGCGCAGAAGGAGGUGGAGGAGGAGGAGAGGAAGUACCAUGAAGAGGAGAGGAGGAUCCUGGAGGAGACGGUGGCCCCUCUGACGCCCCGCUCCUCCGCCCUGCCCUCGCCUAGCCGGGGCGACCUGCCCCCGUCUGCCGACCCCGAGGACACCAUCGUCCGGUCGCUAGCCGACUGGGAGCGCAAGCAGGAACUGCUGGAGAGGCAGGCGAGGGGUGAGGAGGUGAAACUGAGAGACAACUGGUGUGUGUGUAAUGAAGCAAUGGAACAGAAGACAGCAGUGAAGACGGACGACUCUGAACAGGUGGCAGAAAGUCUGCACCUCCAAAGCCCCAGCCAGAAAGAAGCAAAUACACAGGCUCAGCAGAACGGCCAAAGACCCCCUGUGGACCAGGGCCAGGCCGCCGUGCCCGAGCUGCAGUUCAUCCAGGCCUCCCCCUGGAGCAGCAAACAGCCCCAGAGCCCGCAGCAGCAGCAGGAGGAGGUGUGGAAGAAGACGGCCUCGCUCGACCGCAACUGGACCUCCCAGCAAACACAGCCGGGGGGAGUGAAGAGGUCUGGAUCCUGUGAAAAUGUAGGGACAAGCCCAUCUAAGUCAUCCGCAUGCCCAUCCUCCAUGCAGCCUCAGUCCCCUAACAGGUCGGUCAGUGGGAAGAAGCUGUGCUCCAGCUGUGGUCACCCGCUGGGGAAAGGAGCCGCCAUGAUCAUCGAGACCCUCAGCCUCUACUUCCACAUCCAGUGCUUCAAGUGUGGGAUCUGUAAGGGACAGCUAGGAGACACCAGCACGGGGACCGACGUGAGAAUUCGCAACGGCCUGCUCAACUGUCACCAGUGCUACAUCCGGUCACGUGGUAAUCCAGCCCCGACCCCUGACGAACACGCUGCAAAACACACACCCUCACUGCGCUCGCACGCCCCCGUGCAAGCUGUUGAGCAUGCGCUUACGCAGACACAAACCUGACACUCACCUGUAGAAACUUUGAUCAACUUUGGACCGAGCAAUAAACCCAUAGCAUGUUAAUAUUGACCAUGCUUUUUGGUCAUAUCAUCCCGGUAGAGAAUAUCCAAGGAAAUCUGUUUAUUAAAUGUCUUUUGCUGUUUUUUUUUUUUGGCUAAUUCAUAAGUUCAGCUUUGCUUUUAUUAGACUUGGAAUCAGCUCUGUUCCAAUACUUUGUCUUAUCCCUUAUGGUUUAAAAUGAGCAGGGCUUGUACCUGAAUCCAGCACUACCCUGAAAGCUGUUAUUCGAAAUGCCACACCUGUUACUAGGCAUAGAGAUAUUUGGAAACUUUGGACCUUUGUACCUCAAGCAUUCAUGCGAUUGGUCAUUUCUAGCAACCAUAAGGAAACCUGGUGA